AUGCAAUAAGAUAAUUAAGCUCAAGAAGCACAAAUUUUAGAAGAUUUAAUUAUCGAAGACUUCUAAAAAGUGAUCACUUCAUUGACAGAUGCCCAGGUUGCCAUUAAUUAUUUUGAAGAUGAUCCUGAAAAUCCUAAAAUAUUAGUAUUCCUGAACUUAGUAAUCCAAUCUCUAAAUCAAUCCAAAUCGAAUUACUAAUCAAUCAACAUCAAAUAUUCGAACUUAAUGGCCAAAAUCAAAUUGAUAAAACAACAUGUUAAAGAAUUAUGUUAGGAAAUUAAGAUCUAAAUUAAAUACAACACAAUAGUUGAUGAAUAUCUUUCUUUCUUUACAAACAAAAUAUUGGAUCAAUAGAUUGGCAUAGAGGAAAAGAAGCAAUUUAAUGUAUCCUCAAAAGAGUCAACAAAUGUUUCAGAACUCUUAAGUGCUCUCCCUGUAGAAAAAUGGAAUCAUGAUAUCUUUAUAUCCAAAGAGUAGAUUAUUGCUAGUCUAAUGAAGAGAAAAGGAAAGCUAUUUUUGGAGAUGUAGAUGCUUUGGAUUAACACAGUCAAGUCAGAACCUAAAGUGGAGGAAUAUGGAAAACCUUUGUAUUUGAGAGCAAGUUACAAGUCUGACUUGAUUUUCUUUGGUGUUGCAGUAUGUUUAUGCAUAGUAGUUGCUUAUUGCAUGAGUUAAUGAUAAUUAUAAUAAAAUUAAUAAUAUAUUUGA